CUGUGAUCUGUUCGUGCCAGUGAACGGCUGUGGAGUCGGUCUGUGGCGGAGGCGUUUGAAGCAGCUGGUUUGUUAACUGUCGAAGGAAUGAACUAUCAGGAAGAAGUGCUGGACGGUGCGGGCAGGAAGCAAUAGCGUGGACAUCGGCACAGUGACCUGGCAGGAAUGUAGAAGAUUGCUGGACAGGCUGGCUUGUUUUGGUGCUUUGCAGGUCAGUUGCAAAAGGCUGCACAGUCAUCCCCAACGCGAGUGAAUCUGAUAACCGGGGAAUACACGGAAUAAAUAACAGUGACAUCCCACCCAGAAAGACGUAUUGUAUAGGCAAGACGGAACGAUCCAUCAACAAAAGGGAUAGCGUGCGAAAGGCAUGAAAUUCCCGGCUGCAGCCGUUUGGAUGUACAGGAUGCAACGCUCGCACACAUAAAAGCACGCCGCGCACGUUCUCCGACGGGGCUUUAUGCGGUUGUGGAGUUUUUGCCUGAUGUGUUGGUCCUGCUACUUUGUGCAUGUAGACAUUCCCAUUAUCAAAAAUUGAAACCUGUCAAAGUUGAAAAACCAGGAUAAAAGACCAAAGCUCCUAGGACAAGACAGAACCCAGGUUACAGAAAGGUCUCCAUUUUGAUAAGAAGGAUGUCCUUUCGCAUUAUAUCAAAUGCCUGGGCACAGCAUCGGCGGCAUUGCCCCUCUUCAACUGGCUUGUGGAUUUAAUAAAAAAAAACUCAAGUCAGUUAAACACAAUUUGCUUUCAACAAAUACGCGAUGGAUUUCUUUAACUAAUCGUCACUUGACCAAAAUGAUUGAGGAGUGUGGAAGAAGAGGGAAGACCAUGGCUGAGAAGAGGCAGCUAUUUAUGGACAUGAGGGCUCAAAACUAUGAUGUGAUCAGACUUUCAACCUAUCGAACAGCAUGCAAAUUGCGAUUUGUGCAAAAAAGAUGCAAUCUCCAUCUUGUAGAUAUAUGGAACAUGAUUGAAGCUUUUCGGGACAAUGGCCUCAACACCUUAGACCACAGCACAGAAAUUAAUGUAUCUCGAUUAGAGACCAUCAUUUCAUCUAUCUAUUACCAGCUGAAUAAACGCCUUCCAACCACCCAUCAAAUCAGCGUGGAACAGUCCAUCAGCUUGCUUCUCAAUUUUGUCAUAGCAGCAUACGACAGUGAAGGGCAUGGGAAGUUGACUGUAUUCUCAGUCAAAGCUAUAUUGGCAACAAUGUGCGGAGGAAAAAUCCUGGAUAAACUUCGGUAUACUUUCUCACAAAUAUCUGACUCCAAUGGAAUAAUGAUGUACAUGAAGUUCGACCAGUUCCUGAGAGAGGUUUUGAAGUUGCCCACUGCAGUAUUUGAAGGCCCAUCUUUUGGCUACACAGAACAUGCUGUACGAGCCUGCUUCCCACAACAGAAAAAAAUUACCUUAAACAUGUUUUUGGAUACAAUGAUGGGUGACCCUCCUCCACAGUGCCUGGUCUGGUUACCGCUUAUGCACCGACUUGCCAAUGUGGAAAAUGUUUUCCAUCCAGUGGAGUGUUCAUAUUGUCGCAGUGAGAGCAUGAUGGGUUUUCGCUACCGUUGUCAGCAAUGCCACAACUACCAGCUUUGUCAGACUUGUUUUUGGCGGGGUUAUGCCAGCGGCUCCCACAGCAACCAGCACCAAAUGAAGGAACACUCCUCUUGGAAAUCACCGGCAAAGAAGUUGGGCCAUGCAAUUAGCAAAUCGCUUGGAUGUGUACCAAGUCGAGAGCCACCUCAUCCUAUAUAUCCCGAGAUGCCAGAGAAACCUCUAGAUUUGGCACAUAUAGUCCCCCAACAACGAUCGUUGCCAAACAUGAAUGAUGCUAUGGUGUCCCACUCAGUAAUUUCAUCUGGAGCACCAACUCCUACAAAAAGGUUACAGUACGGCCUGGACACGGCUAACCGGCUGGCUGAUGAACACGAUCUGAUAGCAGUCUAUGUGAGCCGGCUGCAGAAUGGCACACGUGUCCUGGACAGUCCGAGCAGACUGGACGAAGAACACAGGCUGAUUGCCAGGUAUGCUGCCAGGUUGGCUGCAGAAGCUGGAAACACACAGCGUUCAACUUCAGAACUGGCCUUUAACUUUGAUGCAAACAAGCAGCAGAGGCAGCUAAUUGCAGAACUGGAAAAUAAAAACAGGGAGAUUCUCCAAGAAAUUCAACGUCUCAGAUUGGAACAUGAGCAGGCCUCCCAACAGACCCCAGAGAAAGCUCAGCAGAAUCCUACCUUAUUGGCUGAACUGAGGCUACUAAGGCAAAGAAAAGACGAGCUAGAGCAGCGGAUGUCAGCCUUGCAAGAGAGUCGCCGUGAGCUGAUGGUGCAGCUUGAAGGACUAAUGAAGCUGCUGAAGGAUGAGGAACAGAAGCAGGCAGCUCAAGCAGCUGGUUCUCCUCGUUCAUCACCCAGUCAUGGUGCCAGCCGCCCCAUGCCAAUGCCUGUAAGGUCAACAUCUGCCUGUUCAACACCAACCCAUGGUCCUCAGGAUUCCUUGUCUGGGGUUGGCGGAGAUGUGCAAGAAGCUUUUGCACAAGGAGCCCGCAGAAACUUGCGGAAUGAUUUGUUGGUGGCAGCUGACUCCAUUACAAACACCAUGUCCUCGCUGGUCAAGGAACUCCAUUCAGCAGAUGAAGGGUGUGAGGAUGAGGAGGAAGCAGAGAAACUGCAAAAUGGAAAAGAAAGGGGUUAAAGUGGAAAAUGGAAGGUGGAAACUAACUCAAGAAUUUCUGGUAUAAACAAAUCAGAUACUGGAUAAAGAAAAAGCCACCAGCCCUCUGAAGACAUGAAGAUCCUUCAUGGUAUUUUUGCCAGAGUUUUAAAAAAAAGUGAGGUUGUUGAAAAUUGAGAUUCUCCACAUUGCUAAUCAAACUACAGAAUUUCAUUCAUUAUUUAAAAACAGUGCAAUUUUAGGAUUCUCCUUGCAAGGCAAUACUCAGGAAGGAUAUCCAUGUGAAACAAAUGUUGAAACAUUUUGAAGUAUUUACACUGAUUCAAAAUGGUGUAGCACCAGCAGAAUUUAAUUGUUUUAUAUGAUCCUUCAUGUCAACUUGGUUAGAGGAAUCAGGAUAAUAGUUGCGCAACAUUUUUGCAAUUUUCAGUGCAGAAAACUUAGCCACCUAUUCAUCAUAAAUGUUAGAAUCAUAAAUUAUUAUUUGAGCCCUGAUCCAGCAUUUGAAGUACAAUAAUCUUGUUCAAUGCACACAUUAAGCCUUUACUCAAAUGCACCAAUAACAUCUACAUGUUCCUCCUAGACUCGUUAGUUAUAGUUUCUGGACAUUUCCCCCAUUUUCCCAAUGCCUUCACAUCCAAGCUGGGAUCAAAGGACUUCAUGCUUCAAGUAGGAAUUGUCAGCCAAGUGCUAGCCAAAACCUGGUCCUGCUGCUUAAACAACCUUAAUUCAUUUGAGAGAAAUGUGUAUGGACUUGUUAAAGUUUGAUGGGAUUCCCUAAUUGCUGUAAAUACUCUUGGAGCAAUAGAGGGUUUAUAGUUUUACAUUGACAGGCAGCUUUUAGUUUGUGAAAUUAUUUGAAAGAUUGUUACUGCUUCACUGGGUGACAGACUAAGAUUGGUCAAUGUCCUAUCCAUUCAAGGCAAUGAGCAACUAGCAGAAGGUGGUUGUUGCUGACCAGUGAAUUACAAAGGAAAAACCCAUUCUCAGAAUAUUGUUAUGUUGCCAUUAAUGAGACUGCAACUUAAUUGAAACUGUCAGUAGUUAUGUCAGAUAUUAAAUCUUGUCUCAUGCUAGUUUAUUUUUGGUGUCAAAUUAAAAUUAUUUAAUAUAUAUGAUUGUCACUUGCAUUUGACAAAUUAUUUUUUAAGUCAAAUUCAUAUUUGUUUAAAAUGUGGAGGGCAGUGCUGAUUGAAGAACGAAUUGUACCAUUGAAAGCAGGGUGUUCGUUUCUAGUUAAGCACAAAGGGAUGAAGCUGCUUCUUUGGGUGCAUUGGCAAUCUCGAAGGAAAUUCUGUUUUAUCCACCUUAAAUGAAGAUUCAGCUUUCAUCAAAUCUAUUUGUAUACCAUAAAUGUAAAGGUAGGGAAUUUGACAUUAGUGAUGGAGAAUACAUUCAGCAUUGACAUAAAAGGAAAAUAUCCAGAGAAAUCUAUCAAACUCUAUGGCAGACAUUCCCCCUUUUAACAAAAUAUAUCACUGUUAGGCUUCAGUUCUUAUAGCUCUCUCAUCUUCAGAAUCUAUGAUGUCAUCAAAAAGCCUGUGCAGCCAAUAACACAAAGUUAAAUUGAAAUAAAAAUACAAUUUUUAAUUACCAUUUUGAAGAAUGCCAAAUAAAAACUGGAACACACAAAUUGUUAGAAGCUGAAAUUGUCAGAAAAUAUUGCAAAUUUUUGAAAAAAAAAUUUCUGAGGAGAUCAUAGAACAGUACAGCACAAUACAGGCCCUUCGGCCCACAGUGUUGUGCCGACCUUUAAACCUCACCUGAAACUAUCUAACCUCUACCUCCCCCAUAUCCCUCUAUUUUAAUUCCUGACAUUUUUGAAUCACAAAGGUACAACACUGGCAGUUACUUGACAAUGUCAAAACUUGCCCAGGUAUGUCCUGUCCACAAGAAGCAGGACAAAUCCAACCCGGCCAAUUACUGCCCCAUUAGUCUACCUUCCAUCAUCAGCAAAGUGAUGGAAAGGUUAAUCGAUGGUGCUAUCAAGAAGCAAUAAUUUGCUUGUAGAAGCUCAGUUUGAGUUCACCAAAGGUACUCAACUCCUGACCUCCUUACAGCCUUGGUCCAAACAUGGACAAAAUAGUUGAAUUCCAGAGGUGAAGUGAGAGCAACUGCCUUGAUAUCAAGGCAGCUUGUGAUCAAGUAUGGCAUCAAAGAGCCCUGGCUAAACUGGAGUCAAUAAGAAUCAGAGGGGAAACCCUCCACUGGUUGGUAUCAUACCUUUCACAAAGGAAGAUGGUUGUGGUGAUUGGAGGUCAAUCAUCUCAGCCACAGGACAUCUCUGAAAAGUUCCUCAGAAUAGUGUCCUAGGUCCAACCAUCUUCAGCUGCUUCAUCAAUGACCAUCGUUCAAUCGUUAAGUCAGAAGUAGGGAUGUUCGCUGAUGAUUGCACAAUGUUCAACACCAUUCAUUACUCCUCAGGUAGUGAAGCAAUCCACAGCCAAAUGCAAUAUGACCUGGACAAUAUCUAGUCCUGGGCUGUAAAUGAUAAUCCACAAGUAAAUAAAAGGUGUUCUUAGUGUCAAAGAAAGUUAUUCAGCAGUACUCUGAGUUAGUUCACCAUUAAGACCUUAGAUGUACAUCAUGCAACAAAGCAUGAGAAUUUCAGGGCAUUUUACAGCAAAAAUAGUUAAUUAAGCUCAAAUUUCUGAAACGUGGUUCUAUUGAAGUCAAUGCUUGUUAAAUAGAACAGAAGAUGAUUCCUGUCUCCUUACUUCAUUGAUUUUAGCAGAUUAUGUUGGGAAAGGCUGAAAACUAAGACAUCCUCUGUAGUAGUGAGUAUGACAGAUUCUGGAUUUCACCUUUAAAUGUGCAUUGCACACUCCAAGAUUUUCUUCAUUUUACCGAAGAAUAUUGUUAACCACACCAUUAUGUCUCACUGCAAGUUCCAAGCCAAAACUUCCUAUGAACCUUGCGAUCGACCAGCACAACAAAACAUAAUUAUUUGCAUUAAAAACUGCUAUUGGUUUAUUUAAGUAUGAUGGCCUUCCGCAUUUGUUUUUCUUACAGCUGAAAAUGGGUUUAUUGCAAAAAGUAAGAAUUUUUGCUGAGAUUACAAUGUCUUUGAAAAGCCAGAUCUUAAAUAUCUGAAAAAAUGUAAGUAACUGUAUUGUAUCAUUUGAUGGAUUAACUGAUGUUUAUGUUUAAUUAUAAAUAAAAGAAAAAAUGUGAAAACUUUUAAAACUUUUUCUGGUACCCUAAAACAAUAAAAACAAAAUAAGCUUAAUUUGAAGCGCCCUCAAAUGGAUGCAGAUUAUAUUUUCAAAUUACACUGCAGAUUUUUUCUUUCUUAAGCAGCAAAAGUCCUGCAAGAUUGUGACUCAGGCACAAGCAUCAAUGGAUUAAUGAUUUUUAAAGUCAAAGGAAACUGAAGUCAUUUCC